ACAGGGGAUGACCAGAGACUGUGGACACGGUACAGGAGAUGGUCAGAGACUGCGGACACAGUACAGGGGAUGACCAGAGACUGCAGACACAGUACAGGGGAUGACCAGAGACUGCGGACACGGUACAGGAGAUGACCAGAGACUGCGGACACAGGACAGGAGAUGACCAGAGACUGCGAGCACAGUACAGGGAAUGACCAGAGACUGCAGACACAGUACAGGGGAUGACCAGAGACUGCGGACACAGUACAGGGGAUGACCAGAGACUGCGGACAGGGAAUGAUCAGAGACUGCGGACACAGUACAGG